GCUCGCUGAACGCAGUUAACUUAUGCCGUGAGCUAGAUACAAUCCAGAGACGAUGGCUAUAAUGCCGUAUUGUUUAUAGAUACUGUUGAAAACGAAACACAAGAUAAAUAAACUAGACUUACAGUGUUUCGUCGUUAAGAAUUGUUGUUAGUAUACCAGGCUUUAAAAUGCAUUUAAACAAUAUUUUUAUCCUGUCUGUGAUAUUUGGAAUAUACUGUGAUUUGUGUGUCGGGCAGUUGUCAUGUUUUAAAAAAUUUCGACGAAAAAAGAAUACAUGCGGCGGUAUCAUUAAGAGACACGCCCUUACGACCCCCGACGAAUGUUGUGAAAGCAGGGGUCAGGGUUUUACACAGCAAACUGCCGUUAUCCUUAGCAGGAAUCAGUACGAAUGCACAUCUUGUAAGGCAUGGAAAAGUCAAACCAGUGGUCAAACAGCGCUCAAACCAUUAAACGAUCAGUUUGUUUGUUACCGUAAACACCGCCCUAAGAAAGGAGAAUGUGGCGGGAGAAUAAAACGAGCAAGAGUCACGACCGUGAAGGCAUGUUGCGAAGGAACCGGAAGUGGGUUUUCAACUUCCGGUCUGGACCAACUCGGGAGGAACAGGUACACGUGCACCUCGUGUGAAUCGUGGGAGAAAAAUCAGACGAUACCAACCAUUCCACCCAUCACAACUACCGAAUUGCCCUCGGAAUGGGGCCAUUGGAGUCAGUGUUCGAGGACAUGUGGUUCCGGUGUGAGGGAACGCUACCGGAAAUGCACCACAUGUGACCUUGAUGAUCCCGGAAAUAAGGAAAUUAAACACUGCACCGUUCAUUUUUACUGUCCAGAGCCCGGUGAGUGGGGUAGCUGGGCUGAGUGGGAAGAGUGUAGUCAGCCGUGUGGUGGCGGGAUCAGAAGGCGUCAGCGGCUGUGUGAUUCUCCGGAACCACGACAUGGAGGCGCAGAUUGCAAGGGGCCAUCGGAAGAGACGGGGUUGUGCAAUGAGCAGGAGUGUAAAGUUGAUGGUGGGUGGAUGCCAUGGACUCGGUUUGGGCACUGUAGCCACACCUGUGGGCGGGGCGAGAUGCUCCGGACACGUACGUGUACUAACCCUGCCCCAAGAGGAGGAGGCCAACAAUGCGUGGGUCGCAGUAUAGACGCACGUCGCUGUGAGGACAGGAAAUGUCCAGUUCAUGGAGGUUGGUCCGACUGGGAUCCCUGGUCUUCGUGCGAUAGCACGUGUGGUACGGGGAAGCGUGUCCGGUCACGUGCGUGCAAUCGACCACGCCCAGAUUUUGGCGGAAAACACUGUGAAGGUUCAGAAGAAGAAGUUGGCACGUGUGAACAUGCGCAGCCUUGUCCUGUACAAGGAGGCUGGUCCCAAUGGUCGUAUUACGGGCCGUGCAGGGCAGCGCCGUGUCAGCAUGGUCACCGUUUGCGAACGCGUGAAUGUGACAGCCCACGGCCGAGUCAUGGCGGGCGGAUGUGCAGGGGCGACAGUGUUGAGAGAAAUCCAUGCUUUAACGAUGAAGGAUGUGCAGUUGACGGAGGCUGGUGUGACUUCGGACUGUGGACUCAAUGCAGCACCACGUGUCUGGGGGAGACUGGGUCCCAGACUCGUGCGCGCGCCUGCUACUGUCCGCCAACCCAGGGGAGUGGAAAACGGUGUGAAGGAGAGUCAAGAGAAAUGAGAACGUGUGAAGGAUACCGCCCAUGCAGAGACACGCCAGAUGUCGAUCUGGGGAACUGAGGUCGUACAUGCGAAGACUGCUUCUAAUGAAGAGAAGCGGUUGGUUUGAGCCUGGUGAGCUUUGUAUAAUCUGUUCACUUUUUACUUUUGUGUGACAGAAGGAUACAAAAGUGUUUAUGAUUAAAUAUUAUUAUACUUUAAAAUUAAAAAUGGCACCUGCGAUUUUGGAUUUUUCUCAGCAAUUGGAUCGACUUUCUUUUCAUAAUGUUGGUGCUACGAAAACAAUUUUGUUGACUUUGCUAACAGUAAUGUCAGUGUCGUGACACCACCAUGACAGUAUCGUGACACAACCAUGAAAGUAUCGUGACACCACCAUGACAGUAUCGUGACGCCAUCAUGGCAGUAUCGUGACACCACCAUGACAGUAUCGUGACACCACCAUGACAUUAUUGUGUCACCACCAUGACAGUAUCGUGACACUACCUAGACAGUAUCGUGACACCACCUAGACAGCAUCGUGACACUACCUAGACAGUAUCGUGACACUACAUAGACAGUAUCGUGACACCACCAUGCCAGUAUCGUGACAUCACCAUGCCAGUAUCGUGACACCACCAUGACAGUAUCGUGACACCACAAUGACAGUAUCGUGUCACUACCAUGACAGUAUCGUGACACCACCAUUUCAGUAUCGUGACACCACCUAGACAGUGUCGUGACUCCACCGUGGCAAUAUCGUGGCACCAUCAUUUCAGUAUCGUGACGCCACCAUGAAGAUUAUAGUUCAUACUAUACCUCAGAAUUACACCUAUUAAAGUACAAUGCUGUCAUUGUCACUAUGUAUAAUUAUGCGUCAACUUUCAGCUUCUUUUGAAGUAUGUAAUUACUGUGUGCUUUUUCAUUUAUCAUUUUGAAUGUUUCAUGAACUUGUUUUUGUUUUAAUUUGUGUUGAUUAUGUAGAUUUAUAUUGUGAUAAAAUAUGCAUAGAAUGGACAAGAACACACCAGCUCCUACAAAUCCCUAUACAUAGCCUCAGUAGUAAGAU